UGUAAAGAUGUUGCCCAACUGGAGCCCCAAAUGGUAUUCAAGCGCUCUAACGCUGGCUGUGCUUACGGCAUACUUGCUUCUUACUGUUCCGGCACCAUCGCAAGCGGAGGGCAUGGACUCCGUUAAGGAGGAACUGCAGCUGCGUGACAUGGAACCCAAGCUAGAGGAUAGUGGUGCACUCAAUAGCAAUAGAGAAGGCCCAGCCCUGACACGCUUCAGCAGCAGCAACAGACGAAAUCAAAGAUCCAUAGGCUUUGGGUCCAAGUACUUUCCCGUUACUCGCUCGAAGUAUCCCAUCGAGUUGGAGCUGCUGGUGACCAACGAUGAGGCCGAGCGCCCAAAGCGAUUCGAUGAUUACGGUCACAUGAGAUUUGGGAAACGGGGCGGCGAUGACCAGUUUGACGACUACGGCCAUAUGCGAUUUGGACGCUAAAUGCGACUGCAUUAUAUGGGGAUCUGGGAGCGAAUUGCUUUUGUAAAUACUGCGUACUUAUGCUAACUUAUACUACAUAAUCCUGGCUACAACUAAUAUUUUGAAGUGAA